AUGUGUUUUAAUUACGCGUUACAGCGUACAGUCGAGGAAAUGAUGACUUAUGUUAAAGAAGCACAACAAUACGAGAAAAAAAUCUUCUACAAGUACAUCAAGAAAUGCUAUGUUUUCUGCGGUGGUUCCAUGGCAUGUACGUAUGUGACAGCGACUUGUUUUUCGUUACGACCUAUAAUCUUGCCAGUUUCUCUCCCAUUUGAUGCGGAGUAUCCAUUUGCUAUCAAUUAUACAUCAAUGUAUGUUAUCAUAUAUAUGCACCAUGCUUGCCUUUGUAUUCAAACCGCUGCACACGUAUGCGUAAGCUCAUUUGGGGCGCUUUUACUUUGGUUUACGGUAGCGAGAUUUGAGUGUUUAGCCGCGGAAUUGGAAAGGAGCACAGACAUCGAUGCGUUGGUUGUUUGCGUAAAGAAACAAUUACAUUUAAAAAGAUACGCGGAAGAAGUGUUUAAUAGUUUUCGAUUUUUGGUACUGUAUGCCAUUGGAGUAGCCACGUUUGGUAUUACUCUGUGUUUUCUUAUGGUGCUUGUAAAUGUACCUCUAUUUGUGAAACUACAGUUUAUAGGCGUAUGUGUCACUGUACUUAUGGAAAUUUACUUAUACGCGUGGCCAGCUGAUUAUUUAAAAGAUAUGGUAGUAACAAAAAUGUGGUUUCUAUGUCCUGGAGAAAUACAAAUGUUCACUUUUUUAAAAUCAGUUAAAUUUUCAUAAUUUCUAGAGUAUGGACGCUCCACAAAGUAUAUAUAACUCAACAUGGUAUGAACAGAAAUUGGGAAUGCAGAAAAGUCUACUGAAUGUGUUAAUAUAUCGACAACCGCUAACGCUUUCAAUCGCAUGCAUAGUGCCAGAGCUCUCUUUGCGUUACUACUGUUCGUACCUGUCCAAUGCCUUCUCCAUGUUCACUACUUUGCGCGUUAUGAUACACAAUUAAUCCAAGAUGGAUGUGUUCUGAAUGUGGUUCUAUUCGUAUAAAGGAACAUUUGUUGUAAUAAUCGUGAUUAAUGUCACUAAAUUUUAUAACUAAUUGUGUAAUAACAUCGUAUUUUAUGGAUAUAACACACAAAUAUAUGUACGAAUAAAAACUAUUAUCAAAGUAUAAUUAUGAAACCUAUGAAAUAUGUCUAAUUAAAUGCGCACAGUUAACAGUGCUAAGUCGUUGAUAAAAUUUGUAACAGAGUAUGGAAUGGUUCUGUAAUGAAAAAGCGAUGAAUAAACUUACAUACCUUAAAAAACAUAUGACAACACAAUAAUGGCAGUAGUAAAAUUUGUUGCUUCGAAUGAAGUACCAUAAUUAAACAUGCGUUUAUUAUCAAAGUGCAAGAACCACGCGAAAAAUUUAUGCAAUAGAUUUAUUUCGUCUGAACUGCAAGUAGUAAGAACAUUUUGUUGAAUAUAUUUCUUUAAUAUCAAAUAUAUAAUAUUAAUAGAAUUAUU